UUACAGGGUGGCUAUCCAGCACGACUGAAAAAAGUUCUCAUCGUAACGGCACCACUGUGGUUCAAGGCACCAUUCAAAAUUCUGCGCCUAUUUGUUCGUGAGAAAUUACGCGAGCGCGUUUUCACUGUAUCAGUGCCGACGUUGAGCUUGCACGUGCCACGCCAAGCAUUGCCGAUACAUUUGGGCGGUACCCUGGUAAUAGAUCAUAACACAUGGUUGCUGCAUUGCCGCAAAUCGAUGACGAAUCGUGAAGACGAAUUGCUCGCCAAUAUUGGUGAUUUGUCGCCAACAGCAGCUGUGGUCGUAGGUGGCACAAUAACAGCCAAUCAGAAUAACCUAAACAAUCAGCAACACAUCACAAAUACCGCCGGAUUGGUGGUGGUGACCAACGGUGAUUGUCAACGAUUUCUGGCGGAACCCAACGAAAAUAUCACCACACAACAAAUAGUCAACAAUCAAGGUACCAUCACAUCAUCAUCCGCAGCAGCAACAGCGUCACCACUGACAAACGGUCAUCAUAACAGUACAUCCACAUCAUCAUCAUCAACGACCUCCUCAUCCUCAAUUGCCAAUAAUUUAAAUAAUCUGAACGCAGCUGCGGCCGUGUUAUCCAACAACAAAUUGGUGGUGCUAGGUCUAGCCAACGGCAGCAGCAACGCUGCCACCACCAUUAACGGUGAUCACUUAGCAGCCGUACUUUCAACAAAUUCGUCAGUCACAUCACCGGUGGUGGUUAACGGCAUAGCUACGGGUAUCACAGCUAUAAGUGGUAUUGCCGGUAGUGGUGGAGGAGGCGGUGGUGGAGGUCUUCAGACACCCACAUCAACAACGACUACAGCAACACCAACCGCCACUAAUAGUAAUAGUGGAACAACGGGUCUCAACGAUUUCUGGACCGAGAACCCACCAAGUAGUGCCUCGUCGGGUUUUAGUGAUGACGACAGUCUGGCUGGCCAAGAGGGUGAUCCAAAAACAAUUGAACAAAUUGUUCAAAUGGUAAAGGCACGAGGUCGUCAGGGACUGGUUAAGGAAUAUGCUGAAAUACGUAGUCGAGCACCGGAUGGCACAUUUUUACAUGCCAGAAUGCGCAAUAACUUGACGAAAAAUCGUUACACAGAUGUUCUUUGCUACGAUCACAGUCGAGUUGUUCUGUCACGGAUCGAUGGUGAUGAUGUGUCCGAUUAUAUAAAUGCCAAUUUUGUAGAUGGUUACAAACAGAAAAAUGCAUACAUUUCAACUCAAGGCCCAUUACCAAAGACAUCCCAAGAUUUCUGGCGUAUGAUCUGGGAACAACAUUGUUUAGUUAUAGUUAUGACAACACGUGUUAUGGAACGUGGACGCGUUAAAUGCGGUCAAUAUUGGGAACCAGCCGAAAAUAGUUCCUUAGAAUUUGGAAAUUUCCAUGUGCGAACACUUAGUAUAGAAACUAAUGAAGAUUAUACAGUAGCCUCAUUAGAAUUGAGAAAUACAAAGACUGAUGAAGUGAGAAAUGUAUCACAUUGGCAAUUUACCAGCUGGCCGGAUUAUGGUGUACCCAGUUCAGCUAUGGCCAUGAUAACUUUCUUGCAAAAAGUUCGUGAGAAACAGGCUCAAAUGGUACAAUCAUUAGGUGAUACAUGGGCCGGACAUCCAAGAGGACCACCAAUUGUGGUACACUGUAGUGCGGGUAUAGGAAGAACAGGUACAUUUAUAACAUUGGACAUUUGCAUAUCUCGCCUGGAAGAUGUUGGUACGGCUGAUAUUCGCGGAACGGUGGAAAAAAUUCGUGCUCAACGUGCAUAUUCAAUACAAAUGCCCGAUCAAUAUGUAUUUUGUCAUUUAGCACUAAUUGAAUAUGCGAUCUCAAGAGGUAUGCUGAAGGCUGUCGAUUUAACGGGAUUCGAUGAUAGAGACGAGGAUUCCGAGUAA